AUUUUCUUGAGCCCUUUUUUACCUUUUUCUCUUCUUUUUCAUUUUCUUUCUCUUUUUCUAUCUCUCUCUCUCUCACAUCUUCUUUUCUUUAAAUGAGUGUCCAACAACAUGACUUGGAAACAUUAGCAAGAGUUUGCAAGGAUGGUGUCUGUCAUUGUGACUGGCGUCUAACACUUCAAGAUUGUGUGGAGAGUAAGCCCAUGACAAUUAUACAUGGAAUUCAUAUUGGCUUAUCUGGAAUCACAGUGUUGCUUGGCAUCGUUUUAUUGACACACAGAGUGGUCUUUAAAGGCCAUCGAUUAUUUGACAUUAACCUAUCAAAGGGUUGUUUUCGUCCAAAACCUAUUGACUGUAUGCUUCUAUUUAUUAUCAUAUUUAAUCUUUUACGAUUGAUCUCAAGUACUGUGCUGAUUACUGACAUUUGUCCUGAUAUGAUUUCACGUUCAUUUUUAUAUGAAUUCCCUUGGCAAUUCGGAUUUGGUUCUUUUGCCUUGUAUCUUAUUGGUAUUGCCCAGACGCUUUCAGAUAGUCAUCGAGUACUUGCUAAUAGCUGGCUACCAUCACCAAGACUUGUUGACUUUAUCGGCGGUAGCAUCUUCCUUGCUCCUUUUAUUGUUAACAAUGUCAUGGCACUCGCUGCUGGUAUUCUCGCUGAACGAGACCUACAUCUUGCCCAGUUGUUUACUCGAUUGUUGUACAUCAUGUGGUUUGUACACUGUUCAAGUCUUGCUGUAGCUGUCAUGUUUGCAGGUGUUCGUCUGAUCGGUAUUUUGCGAGAACAUCUCAAGAAAUUCAAUACUUCAGGUCCUCGUUACAUUUCUGUUCAAACUGGUAUCUUCAAAAUUCGUGCUGUCGUGACCAUUAUUACUAUCUGUUUGAUGAUGUUUGCUGUGUUCUUAUUAAUCUUUGGCAUUCUGCGUGAAAUUAUUGUAGUCAACUUAGUUGGAUCUGUUGUUCUAGGCGCUGUGUGGAACUUUUUAGGUGCAGUUGCUACUAUGGGCGUCGAGAUUGCUAUUAUUUUCAAUCCAAAAGUAGACGAUAAUGCUGAUCUUGGCCUCAAGACUUCCAGUGCUGAAAAAUCAAUCAGUCAAACACCUCAGUUUGUGACAUACUCCAAUUUUUCUGCACAAGAAUAUUCUGCUACUGCCAGUAAUAACAAUCAAAAUGGUAUCCAAGGAACACUGAGCCAUAACGCAUUUGAUGAAUUAAAAUUACAGCAACUUCAAUACCAGAAAGUGUUCCAAAAACACAACAAUCACCAAUCACCUCAUAAUAAUUCAUCUGAUAAACAACAGGUGGCUCAAAUGAAGGUGUCACCCUCUGGUAUUCCCUUUCAAGAUUCAGAGUAUUAUACCAACAAACCCUACCAAGAUUUUCAUGAUGAUGAACAUAUCAUAGACGAUGGUGAAACUUCUCAAAUGGAUCUAGUAGGAUACACUUUGAAGCAGUAAUGCGUUUUAUUCCAUUUUUAUAUAUACAUACAUAUAUAUCGUUAUUAUUACUAUUUUGCUGGUCAUUAUUAGGUCUCUCUUUUUUCUUUUAUCAUUUAUAUUAUUCUUUCUCAAUAGACUAUAUUAAAAAAAAAGCUAUACAUUUUCA